AUGUUGGGCUGCUCGCCGCCGCACAUCAUACACAAGAGCGUCAGGCGUGAGGACCAGGAGCUCUUCGCACGUGCGAUUGCGGACGAGCUGGUCGCUCACGAGCUGGGAUUGGACCGCCUGCUUGCGGCGCGUGCUUCUGAGAACGAUGGGCUCUAUACACGUGGGAUUGGCAGGAAUAAGAUACGCCUUCAAGGGCUCGGCGUCCGCGUGAGCCCAGGCUACACACACUACGCGCGCGCUGCCGCACAAGCGCACACCGCGAGAAGCGAGGUCUUCAGCUUCGAGCCAAUUCCGAAGUAUGCCGGCCCCGACGAGAUGCACCGGUCAUCUCACUCACACUUUCCGCGCGUGCCUGCGCGCCUCAAUGGCGGAUACGCCGGUGAUCCCAGCAGCAUGUCUUACCGUAUAUGGGAGCACACGAAUAUCAUGGAAAAUGGUGUGCAGCCCCUGAAGCCCGCCGUCCCGAAGCACGUUGGGCGCGAGCACCUCGAGCACUUGCGACUUGGGAUCGAGGCCGCCAACCGGAAGAGAGCGCACCAUCUAGCCCCUGUCAUUGGCAAGGCCAUGGAGGGGAUCGAACAGAUCGGAUCCUCGCUGAAGCGUGAGGACCAGGAGCUCCUUACACGCGCAGUCGAGGUGUUGUCUGCGCGCGAACUAGACGAGGAGCUGUAUGCGCGUGAGGGCUUCGCGUUGGACGAGCUGGAAUGA